GGCGCGCCAAGCCCUCUUCCACGUGCCGGCCUUUUAAUUGGUGCGACGCGAGAGUCGUAUGCAAAUGAGAAUUGAAGGCCCUGCCCUCGCACCUGAUAGUCGGACUAUUUACUGCUCUUUAGCGCAACUCUCUGCACUGCACUCGCCUGCCUCCAACAUGACUCUCCUCCGCUGGACUUGAGCAAGCAGGAUUUCCGUCUUUUCAAAAAAAAAAAAAAAAACGCCCUUUCUAACGUCUGAUUCACACUUUUUUUCGUACAAGUGGGAGGAAAAAAAAAAGAGUUGUGUUCAAAAUGCCGCGCUCCUUUCUGGUCAAGAAGCACAUCAACUCCGCCAAGAAGCCCAACUACAGCGAGCUGGAGAGUCCAACAGUUCUCAUCAUGCCGCACUUGUACAAGGGCCUCCCGCUUCCCGUCAUCCCCCAGCCGGAAUUCCUGAGCCCGGCCGCGUACAGCCCCAUCACAAUGUGGACCACCAGCAGCCUUCCGCUCUCCCCGCUGUCCGGAUACCCUUCCUCGCUCUCCUCGUCGUCCUCGUCCAAGGACCACAGCGGCUCCGAAAGCCCGCGCAGCGACGACGAGGAGCCCGGCCCGCAACAACCGGACCCGGACAAGUUCCAGUGCGUCCAGUGCGCCAAGUCCUACUCGACCUACUCGGGACUCGUCAAGCAUAAGCAGUUGCACUGCGACGCGCUGCAGGCUCGCAAGUGCUUCACGUGCAAAUACUGCGAGAAGGAGUACGUGAGCCUGGGAGCGCUCAAGAUGCACAUCAGGACUCACACGUUACCUUGCGUGUGCAAAAUCUGCGGCAAAGCCUUUUCCAGGCCUUGGCUGCUGCAAGGACACAUCAGGACGCACACCGGCGAGAAGCCCUUCUCGUGUCCCCACUGCAAGCGGGCGUUCGCCGACCGCUCCAACCUCAGGGCUCACCUGCAGACCCAUUCGGAUGUGAAAAAGUACCAAUGCAAGAACUGCUCCAAAACCUUCUCGCGGAUGUCGCUGCUGCACAAGCACGAGGAAUCCGCCUGCUGCGUAGCACACUGAACACACGGGAUACUGGCUUCCACCACAGCAAGACCUUUUUUUUCAUUUUUUUCUGUUUGUUUGUUUGUUUAGAAAGCAAAUUUCCAAGCCAGCCCGGGAGAUGCGUCAGGGAAUGUUUUUUUUUUUGUUUUUUGCCAGGAUAAGUGUUCAGUGUUGGCGUUUUUGCAAUCGCUUCUUGUUUCAAGCCUAAUGUACUCGCCUACCUGUGCUAUUCAUGCACUUUUUUUUGCAUGUCUACAAGGUCUCCUGUGCCUUCACUUUGCUCGGGCACAUCAAGUAGAAAAGGACACCAUGGGAAUAGCGAAGCCAUUGUGACUUAGGGAACUUGAAUUUUUUUUUUUUUUUUUGCACAGACAUUACAAACAGAUUGCCAGCACUCGCGUAGGGAUCGUUUGUUCCCACCUGUUCAAGUGCCUUCGUUUUUACUCAGCAAUAAUAUGUAUAUUUUUACCUUUUAUAUAUAUUUUUUUAUACUAUAUUGAAUGUAAGCGUGACUGCGAUGAUUGUAUAUUAUAACUGCAAUGCAGGUUUGUUUUCAUACUCUCGUGACACUUUGGGAAAUAAAAGACUCAUGGCA